AUGUCUGCGAAUUCAAAUAAUGGUACCCUACGAUCGUUAAAUCGAACUCCACAACAAAGUUCUAGUCCUACACCAAUGAAUGAAUCAGGCGGUUCUGUAAUCGAUACAAUAAGAAAACGUAUGCAACAGAUGAAAGAUGAAUUGGCUAAAUCUCAGGAUGAUUUGCAUGCAUAUCAGAUUGAACGUGAACGUGAAAAAAAUGCACGAGAACAAGCUGAAGGUGAAAUGGGUGGUCUUCAACGGCGUAUACAAUUAGUUGAAGAAGAUCUUGAACGUACUGAAGAACGUCUUACACAAGCAACACAAAAGCUCGAUGAAGCUUCACAUGCUGCUGAUGAAAGUGAACGUGGUCGCAAAACUCUCGAACAGCGUACCUUCCAGGAUGAUGAACGUAUGGGUACACUCGAACAGCAGUUGGCCGAAGCACAGCUUAUAGCUGAGGAUUCCGAUCGAAAAUAUGAUGAGGUUGCUCGUCGUAUUGCUAUUAUGGAAGUCGAUUUGGAACGCGCGGAAGAUCGUGCUGAAGCCGCCGAAGCAAAAACUCUUGAACUCGAAGAAGAACUGAAAGUUGUUGGUAACAAUAUGAAAUCACUUGAAGUUUCCGAACAAGAGGCUAUUCAACGUGAAGAAAGUUAUGAAGAACAGAUUCGUGAUUUAAGUACUCGUCUUAAAGAUGCUGAACAACGUGCUGAUCUUGCUGAACGUACAAUGGCAAAGUUGCAAAAGGAGGUUGAUCGCCUCGAAGACGAAUUACUUGCUGAAAAAGAGAAGUACAAGAAUGUCAGUGACGAACUUGACAUGACAUUGAACGAAUUGUCAGGUUACUAA